UGCGCCUGCGCAGAAGCGAGGCGAGCCGGGGCGCUGGAGCAGUUCUCUGGCAGGCGGCGCCAUUUUGUGCUAGGAGCUGAGAGAACCCCGGCCCGGUUCUGUGUGAAGUGGGUGGCAGAGCCCGGGUCCCUGGAAUGGCGGAGACUCUCUCAGGCCUAGGCGAUUCGGGUGCGGCGGGAGCUGCGGCUCUGAGCACCGCCUCGUCUGAGACAGGGACGCGGCGCCUCAGCGACCUGCGGGUGAUCGAUCUGCGGGCGGAGCUGAAGAAACGGAACCUGGACUCGAGCGGCAACAAGAGCGUUCUGAUGGAGAGGCUCAGAAAGGCAAUUGAAGAUGAAGGGGGUAAUCCUGAUGAAAUUGAAAUUACCUCUGAAGGAAACAAGAAGACAUCAAAAAGAUCUAGCAAAGGACGUAAACCAGAAGAAGAAGGUGUGGAAGAUAAUGGGCUGGAGGAAAAUUCUGGGGAUGGACAGGAGGAUGUUGAAGCCAGCUUGGAGAACUUGCAGGACAUUGACAUGAUGGAUAUCAGCGUGUUAGAUGAAGCAGAAAUCGAUAAUGGAAGUGUUGCAGAUUGUGUGGAAGACGAUGAUGCUGAUAAUCUCCCGGAGUCUCUGUCUGAUAGUAGAGAGCUAGAGGGAGAAAUGAAAGAGCUUCCUGAGCAGCUUCAAGAACAUGCUCUAGAGGACAGAGAAACUAUAAAUAACUUAGAUACUUCAUCAUCUGACUUCACUAUAUUACAGAUGAGAACAAAUGAGAUGUGGACUAACUUACAGGAAAUUGAAGAGCCAUCCUUGGAGCCAGAAAAUGAGAAAAUACUCGACAUUUUGGGGGAAACUUGUAAAUCUGAGCCAGUAAAAGAAGAAGGUUCCGAGCUGGAGCAGCCAUUUGCACAGGAUACAAGUAGCGUGGGGCCAGACAGAAAGCUUGCGGAGGAAGAGGACCUUUUUGGCAGCGGCCACCCGGAGGAGGGUGAUUUAGAUUUGGCCAGCGAGUCAACAGCACAAGCUCAGUGGAGCGAGGCAGACACCCUGUUAGCGGUAGUGAAAAGGGAGCCCGUGGAGCAGACAGGCGGUGACGAGAGGAUGGACUGUGAGCCUGUAGGGCUAGAGGAGCCAGUUGAGCAGAGUAGUAAAGCCUCAGAGCGCACAGAAGCCUCUAGCGAGGAGGUCGCAGAAGCGCCCCAGGAAGCCUCAAGCCCAGAUCCCAGAGAUAGCAAAGAAGACGUGAAGAAGUUUGCUUUUGAAGCUUGUAAUGAAGUCCCUCCGGCUCCUAAAGAGUCCUCAGCCAGUGAGGGCGCUGAUCAGAAAAUGAGUUCUGUCGAAGAUGACUCGGAUACAAAACGGCUUUCCAAAGAGGACAAAGGUCGUAGCAGUUGUAGAAAUUUCUGGGUUAGUGGACUUUCUUCCACCACCAGAGCUACAGAUUUGAAGAAUCUUUUCAGCAAAUAUGGAAAGGUGGUGGGUGCCAAGGUUGUGACAAAUGCUCGGAGUCCUGGAGCUCGCUGCUACGGCUUUGUGACAAUGUCCACAGCGGAAGAGGCCACAAAAUGCAUUAACCACCUGCACAAGACUGAGCUCCACGGGAAGAUGAUCUCAGUGGAAAAGGCAAAAAAUGAGCCUGCUGGAAAGAAAACCUCUGACAAAAGAGAAGGUGAAGGGAAAAAAGAGAAGUCCAGCACCAGUGACAGAUCAGCAAACCUUAAAAGGGAAGAUAAAGCUGACAGAAAAGAUGAUGCUAAAAAGGGUGAAGAUGGAAGUGGAGAAAAGAGUAAAGAUCCAGAUGAUCAGAAACCUGGCCCUUCAGAGCGAUCUCGAACCACAAAAUCAGGUAGUCGAGGAACCGAGCGGACUGUAGUAAUGGAUAAAUCUAAAGGUGUGCCUGUUAUUAGUGUCAAAACGUCGGGAUCCAAAGAGAGAGUUUCUAAGAGCCAGGAUCGCAAAUCAGCCAGCAGAGAGAAGCGGUCUGUUGUAUCCUUUGAUAGAGUCAAAGAGCCUCGGAAAUCAAGAGACUCCGAGUCCCGCAGGUUGCGUGAGCGCAGUGAACGGGAGCAGCGCAUGCAGGCACUGUGGGAGCAGGAGGAACGGGAGCAGCUGGAGUAUGCCCGAGAGAGGCUGGCCUUCCAUCGGCACCGCCUGGAGCGGGAGCGCAUGGAGCGGGAGCGGCUAGAGCGCGAGCGCAUGCAUGUGGAGCAUGAGCGCAGGAAGGAACAAGAGCGCAUUCACCGAGAGCGGGAGGAGCUGUGGCGUCAGCAGGAAUUACGCUAUGAGCAGGAACGGCGGCCUGCUGUGCGGAGGCCCUAUGAUGUGGAUGGCCGGCGAGACGAUGCCUAUUGGCCAGAAGCCAAGAGAGCUGCCUUGGAUGAGCGUUACCAUUCUGACUUCAGCCGCCACGACCGCUUCCAUGACUUUGACCACAGAGACCGGGGCCGCUACCCUGACCACUCAGUAGACAGGAGAGAAGGUUCAAGGUCAAUGAUGGGAGAAAGAGAAGGACAGCAUUAUCCUGAGCGCCACGGAGGACCAGAGCGCCAUGGACGGGACUCCCGUGACAGGUGGGGUGGAUAUGGCUCUGACAAGAGGAUGAGCGAGGGCCGGGGACUGCCUCCUCCACCCAGGGACAGACGUGACUGGGGGGACCAUGGCCGGAGAAUUGAGGAUGACCGUGCAUGGCAGGGCACUACUGAUGGAGGCAUGAUAGACAGGGACCACAAGAGGUGGCAAGGUGGUGAGAGAAGCAUGUCUGGUCACUCUGGGCGAGGUCACAUAAUGAACAGGGGAAGGAUGUCAGGACUCCGAACAUAUGAGCAUCUGCAUUUGUUCCAGGCGUGGCAGCUUUACCCCAGCUGGGGCCUCUCGGGGUCACGUGAUCCCGCGCGGUGGAAUGCAAGGUGGAUUUGCUGGCCAGAGCCGGGGCAGCCGACCCAACGACGCUCGCUUCACUCGCCGCUACUAAGUGCUUGGAAUCCUGUGUUCCGUCAUGUGGCAACCAGAGUAUGUUCUUUUAGGAGUUAUCUUAAACUGUGUACAAUAUUUUUUUUUUUUAUCUGCUGCCAUAUUGUAGCUCGAUACAAUGUGAAUUUGUUUUUUGGGUUUUUUUUGUAAUAAAUGUGUUUCUGUUCACAUAUCCUUUA